UUUGAACUUCGAAAUAAGGAUGAUUGAAUUAUUACAUAUAUAAUUAAUUCCAGAUUUAUUUCAGUAAGGAUUGAUCGAUAGUUUCUCUGUCGCAUUUGUGAAUCAAUUGACGAAUGUACCUUAAGCUACAUGUCCGACUCACGCUUCUGCUUAGUUUGAGCCCCAACACCUAAAAUGUCGUUUAUAACGAGGUACCCGAGUCUGUACGUAAUAGUACAUGUGUAUGAAUCUAAGUUAUUCGUUUGUAUGUAAAACCAAAUAACUUUAUUUUGGGUAUCAGUUGUUUCAAUGAAGUUAUGAAGAUACGGGUAUUUGUUUACAGAUAACCUCGGGGUAGUUUAUAUAACCAUGUGUGUCAGCAAAAUCACAUGUUUUGUGCUAAAAACAAAAAAGUUUCACGAUAUUUUAUUUUGAUUUAAUAAUUCUAAAUGUGGUAGUAGAAAUGAACUCCUAUAGUUGAUGUUUUAUUGUUGAUUACCACUCUGUAAAACAAACGAAUUAACAGUUUAUGCUUAUAAAAUUGACCAUAUUUUUAAAGUGUGUUGUAAAUAUGUUACUUAGUGUUUGUCAAUCAGAGGUUUGCUAGGCUUUUCAAUUGAUUUUUUUCAUCCACUCCUACCUUGGUGAUAGUGAGAGACUAGCGUAGAAACAGUCAACGUAUUUUUUACUGAUUGUUUUUUCGUAAGUGUAAUAUAUUUUGGCACAUACGGAUGUGAUUCUUAGUUUCUAAACAAAAGCGCAAAAUACUAGACGUUACUUCUUAUUGUCGAUUUCGAGACUGUUGAAAACUAGAAAGUACUGCAUAACUGUUACAUCCUAGUUGAAGGGAAAUCAUUGGCAGUGCUCCUGUAUUAACUUGGCUGCAGUCAGACACGGUAAAUUUAGGUGGUUAUCAGCAUGGGACUGUGGAGAUUAUUAAGAUUUUGAUUCAGAUCAUGAUAAUUCAUGCUGAGAGGUCCCACAAUAGGACGAAACGGCCGUACAGUGCUUCCAGGUUUUCAGUGGUGGUCUAAAAUCAAUCGGUUCAUGAUCUCAAUCUAAAAUUUAGGUGGACUAGUUUAUAAUAGGCUGGUCAUUGAAUGCUAAUUAAUGUUAUGUAAAUCAAGUCCUUAGUGCUGGUCGAAUUUCAUCGAUCAAGUUCGAUACCAGUCUAAGCGACUGAACAUCGCGAACAUUACGUUGAUAUAUAACAGGAGAUCAACAUGCGAUAGAAAGUAUCAGUUUCUCUAAUGUUACAGACACUUUAUUGACAAGUGCCAAACAUGGAAACUAGGUCCAGUGUUUCCUGUCAACUACCUCCAAACAGUAUCUUAUAUGCAAUGAACCACAUUUCCGACUCUUAUCAAUUCGUGAUAUUGAACAUUCGUCAUCUAAAGUGGCUUCAGUAGUAAGUUCCUCAUUACCAUACAUAGUUGUUCUUUAGGGUUACUGUGCAGUAUCAUGAAACUAGUUACCAAUAAAGACUGUAGUUACCAUUUAUUUGUAUCUGAAUUUUUCAAUUACCGAGGUACGUGAAUUUGUCUUUGAUGAACGGAUAUUUAGGCUCUCAUCAUACCGAUUUAAUGAUUUUUGUGAGGCAAAUAAUAAAACCAGUUAUCAUUAGUGUUUAAUACUGUUGAAUAUGUCCUCACAUGUGCGUUAUUUUUGAAAAUUAUAAAAUUAAUUAAAUGGAAAUUAGUAGGAUGAGUUGAAAGCUGAAUGACGUAUUGUUUCGGAUCUAUGCCAACGAUUUCAACCAGUCAAUUCAAUAUCAUGGUGAGAAUCGACGAGAAACAAACAUGAAGAGUGAAUGUUGGUUUUUUCGUGCAUGGAAGGAUCUGUAACAUUAGUUGUUUUCCAGUUCAGUAAGAAAAUUCUAAAUUCACAUUAAACAUUGUAGUUUCGAAAUGUUCUGUAUAGUGUUAUAUGCAGUACUCAAUUUUUUUAGUACAACAUUAUACAGCUAAGAUUUCUACACAGUCUUUUAUAGGUUAUUGAAAUGACUUGUUUGUAAAGUGCUAUUGAUUGUGACGGCUUGUUUACUGCUCUCGUUUCUAAACCAAUAAAUAAUUUGGAACUUGGAUAGUUCAGCGGUAAUAUCUCUAAUUAGCUCAUUGCAUGCCACUUGUUCGAAUCAUGCAGAGGACAUCAUUUCUUCCUGUCACGAUUGCAAGAACAUCUUGUUAACUAGUACUAACACAAGUUUUCUGUCACAGGCUUCCGAUUGCUUGUUACGAGCAACAGGACUAAACCAUUUAGUUACAUUGCUAAUUUAAGAUAUAUCUGCCAUUAAGUUAGUUAUGAAAUUACCGACUACUUUGACAUUAUCUGCAAGAUAAGACGAUUUGUUUAUGAUAAAAUUUGAAGUACGGAAAGUGAUAAUUAAUCAACACGUUUGAGUGAGUUGUCUGACUUUUGUUAUUAAACCUCAUAUUGUUUAUCAUAUCUAUCCAUUCUAUUUACUGAUCUUUUGUUACUAAUUAGGUGUGUUGUUUUUGAGCAGAUGAAGAUAACAAAUUCCCUUCUGUUUUGCAAUGUUUCAUUUAAAAUUUCACGUGUUUACGCUUUAACCAAUAUAAUAGUGAAUAAAACCUAUCAUUGUUUGGAAGAUAUAACCGAUUCAUUUCUUAUUAACUUGUCAUUGAAUCUCGAAUUGAUUUUUCCCAAUUCUUAUGAGACUCGUAAAAAAAAAGCAGAAUUAAGAUGUUUACCACCUAUACAUACCAUGUGGGUUUUUAAUUUUCGCAACAGUAAGAACAAUCUUCCUAAUAUUAUGUCGUUCUGAAUAGCUAAAAUACAUGGAAAUAAUAUAUUAUUACUUCUCCAAAUGAUUCACUACAUUGUAUUAUUCUAUUGUAAUGUAUAUAAAGCUCAAUAGAAUUGAGUUAAAUUGUCAUAAACUGAUUUUGAAGUGACUUAAAUUCUUUCAAUGUGUGUGUUUACGUUACUUACCAUCUGUUGUGUUGUAUUUAAAUAAAUAUGCACUUUGUUCGUAUACAUGAAGUAUUUUCCGAAUGAUUUUAUUGUAUACUGCUUGAUUAAACAAUGGCGAGUAUUUGAAUUGGUGAUUAUAAGACUUACUUUCGGGUGUACAUUCCACUGAGAGACAUGGCCCAUCAACUCGAUCUACAAAAAAAUGUUAUGUGCUGUAUUCCUCGUUUUGUUAGUGGCAACAUCUGAACAUAUAAUCAUCAUAUGAAUUUAUUAUAUAUAUCAAUUUCGAAAAUUUGAAAAUUUCUGCUGUUAGUUGAGCUUACCUGAUAUCGUCUUUUACAUGGAUUAUUUAACAAAUAUCAUAUUAUAUCUUAGCUUUUCUAGUGGUUUUUUAUUAUGCUAUUGUCUACGUCAUACCAUGAUGGGACAAGUUUUAAAAUUUCUACUUUUGAAACCAGUGUCCGUAAUUUGGAUAACUAUGCCGUUUGCGAUCAGAAAAAUGAUUUCCGAAACAAUCAUUUGGUUCUUAUUUGGGAGCUCGAUGUGACCGUUGCAUAUUUCGAUUCGAUCAUCACUGUGUUUGGACAAAUUGUUGUAUUGGUGGUCAAAAUCAUGGGCUUUUCAUAACAUUUCUAUUCUCUUUAUGUUUUAUGAUUGCCAAUGCAUUGUGGUUAAAUUGUCGUAUGCUUUAUUUAUUCUCUGUUGUAGGUUAAUAUUUUAUCAUAAUCUCUAUAGAUUAUUCAAAUCAUAUUUCAUUGACACAUUGUAUUACUCAACCUUUCAAGUGAUUACACAAACUACAGUGAUAACGUUACUUCACGAUCCAUUAAUCUUAUCCCUCUCAAAAUACUCCAAAGAUACUUGUCCGAUUUCAGUUUCUAUUGUUCUAAGCAUUCCUGCAAGUCCUCAGUAAUCAGAAUUUUCAAUUAAUAAGUUAUUCUAAACAAUUUUAGCAAACUCUCUUUCAGUGCAACAUAGUAAAUCGUCUUUACGGUUUUCGAAUUGUUCAUCAAAAAGCGAACACAGGUGUAAUAUAACUUAAUCGUUAUGAAUUUUUCCUGUUUAUAAUUCUUUCCCAGUUUACGUAAUGAUAGCCCCUUUUAGUUGGUUAGUUUAUAAGAAGGCCAGGUAGUUCGAUAUGUCUUGAAAUGGUCGUAAAAGCUCCCAUCUUUAAUUACGAUAAUUGGGCACUAGGAUUCUUCCUAGCUACGUCUACUGAAAAAGUUAAAUCUCCUAAGGUGGAUUUAUUUGGUAGAAAUCAAAGAAGAUUGUUUUAUACGAAUAUCACAUGUGUUUAAGUACGUACGUGUUGGACGACCAUGGAAAUGGCAUACAAGUAACACAUUAAAAGAGGCAGUGACCAUAAAAUUAUUGACCUCCUGAAACUCACUAAAAGUGGGGAUAGGUGUCGUGAAGUUCAGCUCAGAAAAAAUAAAAAAUUCAAACUUACAAAGUAGAAACAACAAAACGAUUAGUUAUUACUUUACUGAAGGUAAAACAUCGUUGACAUUAUUACGUACAUAUUCACGUACUGCUUAUUACAGCUGAAAUGAUAAUUUGGUACAUAUUUCGAGACGUGGUCCGUUAUGGCAGCCCUCAAGUAGUGUUACUUUGUUUGGAACUGUCUAGUAUCCUGUUGACCAUCGUCUACUGAAAACCAGUGUGAACCUCUUAUUAAAAGUACAGUGAUUUAUGAUAAAAAUAAUUCAUUGGUAAUAUCCAGUUUCUAAUAAAUGUUGCACACUGUUAACGGGAUGUACGUGUGUAAAUUAAUACUCUUAUUGUUCAAAAAGGGAAAUAUGUUGGGAUUCACAAGUUUAAAAUACUUGAAAUAUAUUAAUCAAUGUUAAGCUAAAAUAUUGUAAAAAAUAUUUUAUAUUACCGGUCUACGAAAACUGGUAAAGAAAUACUAUUGAACAGUUGUUUCUGUCUCUGGUAGGUUGCACCCAUUUCCCUAUCCAUAGUCGAACCCUGGAUUACAUGGUCUAGUGGUCAGCACACUAACUUGAGUUCACAACUGAAGUUUAUUUACAUCAAUACUUGGCUAUUAUCAAAUCCCGUUUUAGAGGUUUGACUCCUAGCAUAAAUGAAUUCCACGGCUCGUGGUUUAUCACUGAUAUUUUGAGUUGCAAAAUAGGAUGAAACAGCUAUACGCCGUACUUUGUGUUUAUUGUUUGUUUAUCAGUCUAAACUUGAGCUAUCUUAAUCCUAAAUAAUCUCCACAAACCUCUUAUCUCUUUUUAUUUCAUCUUCUGUUUGCGUUAAUUAUUGCACUAUUCACUCAUCUAUUUCUGUUUUUCAGCAUGAAAAUUUAUGGCAAGCUCAUUACUUAGAUGAAUAUGACCAAAUGCACCCAAUGGAUUGGUUAACAUUAUUACAAGUAUGAUAAUAUUUGUAACAGUAGUAGUAUGGUAAAGCGGAUAUAUAUAUGCAUGAUAAAUAUAUUUGACUAAAUCUUUUGUUUUUGGAAUAAAAAGGCGUGACCUAGUUUUCAUAUUAGUUGGUAUUCGUCAACUAAGUGUAUCUGCAGUGUUUACGGGAGUUAUAUCUCCCUUGAGACUUGAAUCCUUGUCACAGUGUAACAGCUAAACAUUUUGUCAUUGAUCUUUUUGGUUUGAGUCACAUAAAGAUCCCCAGUUUUUUUAGACUGAAAGUAAAAAUUGGUCAAGAACGUUAAUUGUCGUAUAGCUGAUGAUUAAAGUUAAUCAUAGCGAAAAGAAAGUGUGAAAUUCCUAAAUAUUCUAUAUUGAAUAUAAAGGGUAAAUACAUCUUCGCUAUCGCUAUUCAUUUUGAGCUAUUGUUUCCAAUGAUAAAUUACAAAGACCUCGCUAACCGAAAUCAGGAAUAUCCUUUUUGAAUCUACUAUUAUGCACACUGCUAUUGAACUUUGAGAGUUAAAAGAUAAAGAAUUUAUGAAGCAUAUGUCACAGAUAUGAUUCAAAAUUCCUUCAACUGAUUCACCAGUUAUAACUGAUUGCCUAUAUUUAGUUUUGACAUAACUCGCCUAUGAGUAAUGUUUCAAUUACAUUUGAUUCAUUAAUAAUGACUUACACACAUCUAUAUAUAAAAAGCUUAUACAUAAUUUGACAUUUAUCAUCUAACUAUCAAUAAUGGUUAUUAUUACGUGUUAAUUUAUUGUUAUUAUAUUCAUCGUUAUUAUUUCCUCUUUGAUGUUUUUUUUCAGCACUUGUUCAUGACAUUUCCUCGUGUUAUAGGGUUGACUGGCAUAUUAAUUGUAGUUGUAUUGUUAUUAAUUAAUUAUUUAACAUUUCAUAUUUGGCUUAUUUUGAUCAAUUGUACAUCAUAUGAAUAUUUUCAAGGGAAGAAGCUGAUUACUAGUGAAAAUUGUUCAAUUAACUAUGAUGAUGAUGAUAAUGAUGACAAGGAGAAGAAUAGAAAGAUAAUAAACAAAAAGCGUCAUUUCCUUUCUACUUCAUUAUUUGACAGCAAGAUGGUGAUGAUGAUGACGGAAAGGACAAUGAUGCCUUCUACCGUAAACCGACAAUUAAAGUCGAACCAUAGAUUAAGUGGACAAAAUCCAACUAGUACAUGUCAUAAUUAUCGAAAUUUCUACAAUAAAGGUAUUAGAAAUAAUUUAUUGGAAAUGUAUACGCAAAGUACAUCAUAUUCAUUACGGGAGUUGAAACAUCGUUUACCUGUACAGUUGGCAUUUAAAACUCGUUAAAUUUCUUCCUUUCAACUGAUAGAUGUUUUUUUACGAAAGCCGUUGGUCUUCAAUGUUUUUUUAGUGUAACUGUAUUUUCUCAAUUCUGUUUGAUUGAAGUCAAUGUUAUUCAUGUUGCCUAACUGAUGGUAACAGUGUUUCCUAGAAACAUGGACUGACAGAUGAUUGAUAUCCUUAUCGCUAACUGGAGUCAUUGAAUGUUUAGCGACCGAUGGGCAUCACUUAUUUGCACAUUCUAAUGUCAGUUGUAUUAUGUUAUUUGAUAAUCAUGUCUUAUAAGUUUAAGUGAUAUUAAUAUAAGUAAAUAGCUUAAAUGCAAUACUUCUGUACGUAAUGUGAGUGAAUGUACUGUUGUUUUUUCAAAUCAAUGUUCUUACUCUUUGCAGUUUUAUGAAGGUAUCUCUGUGUAUGAAAUUAUAGGUUUUAUUGAAUGCGGUUUUACGAGAGUGAAUAUAAUAAUCCUGUAGUCUCAUAUACAUAUUGUUGACAUAGUUUGUCGGUAUUAAUAAAUUUCAAUAAAUGUAAAUAAAUCAGUGGGAUAAUUCCUGAAUAAUAAUUGAUAUUCCCCAUAAAGUAGAUAGCAAAAAUACAUCUGAAGCGCCAGAGUAGUUCUCAUUUCAAUAUUUGUGAAAUCUAAUAAAUAUGAAAUUUAUGAAUUUUUUAGUUUAAGUUGAUUUCAACUGGAUCUUUGUAUACAUACUACGAAUACUGUGCAAAUUAAGCUUUGAGAUAACUAGAGAAAUAAAUUGAACAAAAAUGUAAAACGUCUUAUGGGCUUCAUAGCAUUAAGUACCAUAGGAAAAACUGUUGUCAUUUCAUGAACUACGACGUAAGAUUGUAUAAUGAGUAAAAUAGUCAAUCGAUAAUUAUUAGCUAUCGAAAAUAAUCGUUUACAGCGUACAGUAAAAUAGAAAACAGUGGAAAAUUUAGUGUCUCUACAAAAACUGCAUGACUGACAAAGGUUUCUUAUCCAUUUGAUUUCCAGUCAAGUUCAUUUUAUUCACUCAAAUCGUUGCAUAUUAGUUUAUAUAUCGGUAUGUCAUAAAUAUGACGAAUCCAUAAGAUACUCCUCGAAAUCAAGUAUUUUUAACAUAGUAGAAGAUAUUGAAAGACUAGCGAAACAAUGGACAGCGUACAUUGUUAUUCUGCCUUUCAUAUCAAGCUUCCCUUGCAUUCUUAUUCAUCUUGCUUUCUACAAUUGCUAGGGAGAACUGGACCGAAGAUUGUAACUCCCUUUUAAUUGUUUUUGUCAC